AAAAUCCCUCCGCCUCGUCAACCGUUGAAAAUCCAUCCGUUUUCGGUCCAGAGCAGAGCGCCCACCGGGAGUCAUGAAGCUCCGGGUGGCCGGAUGAAGAGUUAAAAACCCCGCGGAUCAUGAGCGGAGGAAGCGUGGAGGAGAUUUCAGAGGACAUGGAUCGAAAAAUUGAACAGGUGUGUGUUUACACAGGUAACUGUCGAGUUAAUGGUUGCCAACGGUAACGCCAACUAGGACCAGGGACCAGUCUCUGUUUGGUGAUGUUAGACCUCCCUGCAGCCAAGUUUCAGCUAAGUUUUUUAGAUAUUCACUUCAGCUAAAAAUGAGUCACUUUAGAGUCAAACAUUUGUUCAGUCUGGUCUUUGUGCCUCUUAUUAUUUCUUACAUAAAUCUUGAUUUAAUCCGCUCAUACCAAACACACAGACAGGCACACUUCAGCUGGUAGUUACAGUUAUAUACAUGUGAUGUACCUUUUAUCAGGAUACAGAGUUAGUAUAAAAGUCAGUGAUGUGUAUCUCUGUAUCCUCCUACAGUUUUGAUAUUCUGUCUCAGUACCAGCCUCUCUCCUAACCAUCACACUCUUCUCUCUCUCUGUCUGUCUCAGGCUGUGUGCGUCGAGGACAUAAUGUCCUCCAGCUCGGUGGGAAUGUCAGAUUUAUCCGAUGAGAUCCUGCUGUGUAUCCUCCGCCAUGUUCCGGUGUGUGACCUGCUGAUGAAUGUGGCAAAGGUCUGCCACAAGCUGCACACCCUGUGCCAUGAUAAGACCCUGCUGGCACACGUCAGGCUGUCUGAGGAGUAUCUGGUAAAAGUUUUUAAGUCACAUUCGACAGUUAAAGUGAAGAUCUCUACAACAGUUUUGCUCUGUAGUCGAAUAAUGUUUUCUUUUCUUUUUCAGGCUGAUGACCUGUUGGUUCGGCACCUCUUGAAGCAGCUAGCCAAUCACGUGCUGUCUCUCAGCCUGAACGGUUGCUACUGGCUCUCCGGUUCUACGAUGGAGCUCCUCGCUCGCUGCAGAGGAGUGACGCACCUUGAUGUCACCGGCUGUCGUAUAACUUCCCUCAGACUCUCCCGUCUCCUCUCCUCCCUCUCUCUGCUCAGAUCUCUCGCUUUUGAUGUGAUGCCUGGUUUUAACUCCGCUCAGCUCAGCUCAAAGGCGGUGGAUUCCCUCAGCCGCCUGUCGGAGCUCCGGCAAACGCUGUUGACGCCGAGCUAUGGUGUGGUGCCUUGUUGUGCACAACUCCGCAAGUAAGUCUGACGUCCAGAUUUUAACAAAUGACCUCUGAUCAGGAGUUCAUGACUGUGUGAUUGAUCACCUCCUAUAUGACAGACCCUGCACUAUAUUUACUUUUAUCUGUUUUAUGUGAUGCAGGGAGAUGCACGCUUGCACAUAUUAGUUUUUUUAUUCACAGAUCAAUAUUCCAUCAACAUUUUACAUAUUUUACACACUUCUCCAUCAUGGAGACAUAAGGAGAGACAUAAACUCCUGAAGUAAAGUUCCAGUAGAAUAACUGUGAAGUAAAAUCAAACACUUUUCACUCAUGUCCUUUUGUCACUCCUCUCUCUCAUUGUCCCUUUUCUCCUGUAUGGUGACUAUCUAAAACAACUUAGUCGCCAAGAGGUUGAGUAGGAGAAAACGGUACCUUGCCCGAUGCGCUGGCUGUAUGAACUUCAAAAAACAGGCUGUAUCUCCGUUUCUAGUUUUAUUAAUGCAAAAAGAAAAAGCACUUACAUGAAGCAGAAAAGGGCAGUCGUUCAAAAUCAGGCGAAACAUAAGCGAUCAGCAAAAAGUAGGGCUUCCCUAUUCACCCCCUCUCCAUUCAUCUACAAAACCUGCCAGGUGAACAGCUGACUUACAACUACCAGUGCUGACGUACUACCUCCACCCACACCACGUGACGCUCAUCCCUGUAUAUAACACAAAUAUUGUAAAAGAUCAUGGCUACCACAAAGAACUGGCAUCUACAUCUCCUGAUAAAUAAGUUUGUAGUCUGAACCAAGGGGAUCAAUAAUCUAUAAUACACAGUGUCUUUACUGCACAGAGUCUGAGACACAAAGUCAAUCCAGUUUUUCCAGGAGUUUUUAAAAGUUUCUGUUUUUAGUCGAGAUGAGAAAGUCAGCUUCUCCACUCUGCAUACAUCGAUCAUUACCUCGACCCGAUCCUCGAUUUUUGGUUCAUCUGUUUUUAGGCAAUUUCUACUGAUGGCCUUUUUAAUCGCCACCAACAUUAUUGUAAAUCUGUAUUUUUCUCCUGACCUUGUUAUCUCCUGGUUCUCUUUUCACAAAUAUAAAACAUCAAAUCUAAGUGGAAGUUGCACUUUCACAUUUUUUUCCGUCCUCUUCUUUAUCUCCCGCUAAGAAGGUAAAAUACCAGAGCAUCCCCAAAAAUCUGAAAAUGAUCGGUCUUAUUCUCCCACAUCGUCUCCAACAUCGUGUGUCUCCAGAGUUCUGUUGUAUUGGUGUCAUAAAGUGUCUCACAAUAUUCUUCCAACUAUAUUCUCAUGUUGUUUUCCACUCUUCUUCAUUUACGUCCUUCUCUGAUAACUCCCUCCCAGCCUCUUUUUCCCAUUUUUCUUUUAUGUAUGUUGUAUCGUUUCCGACUUCUUUAUAUAGUUUUGAGAUCAAUUUCUUCCCCUGGUCUGAAUCAUACGCUGAGAUGAAUCCUGAUUCCUGACUCUAGCUCCUCUGAAUUAAACUUUUUUAUAGUUUGCUCCAAAUAAUGCCACAUUUGUAAAUAUCUGUGUAAUGCACAUAUUAGUUUUGCACUGUUCGAUUGGCAAAUUUCAUCUGUUUAGCAGAUAUUUGAUCAUCAGUCAAAGUCUUGAUGAGCCUGAUUAAACCCGGUGGUGGUGGUGUGGCAUCAUGAGAGUGUUUGUUUCUUCUCUUCAGGCUGAUGCUGCAGUUCGACAUCCCUGACGUGACCAGAGAGGGCGUGGGUGUCUGCUGCCAGUUGAUGGUGGGUCAGAGCAGCGUGCCUCAUUACCAGCAGCUGGAGGAGUUCACCGCCAGGCUCGCUCCAGGAGAGGUGACUUCAUUCUCCACAUUUAUCUGCAGUUUUGACAUCAGUGCUGUGGAGUUUGUCGGUGUUUUAUCUUCACGCUGAUGUCUGCAGGUAAACCAGACCUUGCUGCUGCUCUACCUGGCUGUCUUCAGCGUUCACGUCCCAAAGCGUCUCAGAGUUUUCUUGGUGUCGAUUCCUGGACCAAAUCCCGCUCACUGGCCUGCCGCUCCCUCACUGGCUCAGAGUUUGGGUCUACACGGUGACCUGGAGGCCCUGCAGCUCCCCCGCUCCUGGCUGGAUUCCCUGUCGUUAAAGCGAGCCCUGGAGGGAAACAGUCCGAAGCAUCUCAGCUUUAGUCGCUGCCCGGCGUUGUGGCCCCAGGUGUUUCAGUCUCUACUGGACGGAGGAGUCCGAGAUUGCACUCAGCUGACCAGCCUGAAUCUCAGCGGGAUCAAUCAGGUCCUUUACUCGGAGUGCAGGAGUUUGGAUGAUCAGCUGGUUCCUGAAACAGUGAACCAGCUGGCAGUCAGCUGUUCCAACAUUAAGCACUUGAACCUGAUGCACACACACUAUCAUCAUGAAAACUCACCUGGACUAUCUGGAGAGACACACCUGUGCGCCAGCUUAGCCAAAUUCCAACACCUGCACUCUCUCACCCUGCCUGUGUGCGCCCUGUCAGACGGGUUAAACUCUCAUCAGAUCUCCACAAACAACACCCCCUCAGGGUUGUUCCUGGGGCUGAAGAAGGUGCCUCGGGUCGGGCUCCAGAACUAUAAACCUGAUUCUGACGCCUCUCUGUCCAGAGACAGCACCUCAGGGCUCUCUCAGCUCUUAGCCGGCUGCCAUGUUCUCCAGACUUUAGAGCUCAUUGGUCCGGGUUUUGUCUCUGUGCUUCCUCGGUUAGAGCCCUGCUCUCGUGCGAGCGUGGAGCCUCGUGGUAUGUGUCCGUGGGCGCGAGGGGUCGGAGAUUCACACCUAGCAGCACUUGAAGCUUUGCCUCGAUUACAUCGCCUGACUCUGGCUGGACUCCCGGGGGUCCUGAGGGGGACAGGACUGGUACAGCUGACCAGGCAGUGCAGAGACUUACAGAUACUAUCCCUCGCCAACAUCGGGUCUUUAAAAGUCAUGAACUACACAUCAGCUUUGCUGGAGACACUCAAACAGUGCACACAGCUGCAGGAGCUCAGGUGAGACCAGCUUCUUUGACUCUUUCAACAACACUGAAACCUGAUAUUCUGAUUUAUCCCAAGAUUUAGUUUAUUUUAGUAUUUGAAUGAAUCAUGUUAUCUUUAUAUCUUUAUUAUAACAAAUAAUUCAGUCAAAUAUAGGUUAGAUCAGUGGUUCUCAACUGGUGGGUCGCGACCCAAAAGUGGGUCGCAGACAGGUUCUGGAUGGGUCACGAACAGCUGGUCAAAAAAGUAAAUAUUAAAAGUGAUUUUUAUUUGAUAUUUGAUAUUUUCUGUAUAUGCAGCUUCAGUAGUUGUCGUCCUCAUGUUGUCUCCUUCAUGUGCUCUGAAAUGCACUUCACUCAAUAAAACAAGUGGAUUUAUGUUAAAGAUAAGAGACUUUAAAGGUUUUUUUUAUAAACGUUAAACGUUUGGUUUAAAUUCUAUAAAAGUGGGUCGCGACUUAAGGACCAUGGGAAAAUGUGGGUCCCAGAUUAAGACCAGUUGAGAACCAGUGGGUUAGAUGACACACGUCCCAACCUGAUACAGACAUGUGAAGUAUUUCAGGAUAAGUUCUGUAAAUACAGAAUAAGCUGCUUUUAUAGUUUAUUAUUCAGAUGUGAACCCAGGUAUGAAUAGUUUUUAUGUUUUCCAAGAGUUAACCUUCACGAUAGGUUCUCAUCUUUGUUUCAUCAUGUGAUUAAACUCUGUGUGUGUCUGUCUUUUCAAGGUUAGAGCAGCCCUACCUGAACGCCAACGCCUCAUUCUUUGAGGCUCUGUCGUGUUGCUCCCGCCUGCAGCGUCUCUGCCUCGUCUCACGUAGCGGCACCUUCGACCCCUCUGCGGCUGAAACCUUCAUGGAGCGCUGCCGCCACGUCGUCAUGUGCCACAUGUUCAUGGGCGGCACUUUGGUGGCCUGUGGCACGCUGCAGAAGACGCUGGUAGACAGGUCAGUGCCGGUGAACGUGGGAAUUAUUAGAAACUUAGCAUUAAAGGGAUAUUCUGGGGUCUGGUGUUUAUUUCAUGUUUUGUUUUCAGGUUUUCAGCGGCGCGCCCAGCCCUGAGUGUGGUCAUCUACCCACUCCAUCAUGAGGACCUGCCUUCAGUCAUCAGAGAAAUCCCCCUGACUCUGCUGGACCGGGUAACUUUGUUCCAGAGCCACGUGGCCCAACCGCCUCAUCUAUCACCCUUGUGACAUCGCUGGGAAAGCUUCAUUGUGAUUGGUGCUCAGCAGAUGAGGGGCUGUUUUUGACUGGAAAAUAAAGUGUGUGAAUGAAAAGAGUGAUCGUCACGCUCACAGGGAUCUCUUAUCGUGUCUUUGUAAGCAGUAACAUCAGCAACUGAUUCAGGGCUGUUGAACGACAACACAUCCGCCAUGAUUGUUUACAUUUCUCUGUCUCGGUGUGUCUUCAUCCUAUCGAUUCAGGACAUUUCUCAUUUGGUGCCAAGUGAAGCAUUUCAGUCUAAAAGGAUUUCUGUUACGACUCACGUCUGCUAUUAAAAUAAGAAGUGCCAAAAAAUAUGAUGUAGAGGAUGUAUUUGUUCAAGAACCUCGUGAAGGUGAUCUCAAUCGAAUCAUGUCAUUAACCCCUGACCUAAAGGGAUAUUCUGGUGUAAAAUUAAUUUAGGGUCAAACACGCCGUAACACAGAGUUUAGACCCCCCCUCCAGAGAUGAAUGUUCUCGACCGCUUGCUUCUCUAGUUAUACCAACUUUAGUAACGACCACAAGAUAGCAAUACAGAGAGCCACGCCCUCAACCAAAACGCCACUCUAUAGCCACAAAUAAUGCUCAGAACAGCACCUAACUUCAUCAACAGGACAUAUAGGGUCACAGACAUAGUACUAGACACCAAACAUCUUUUUAACUUUGACUCAUUUCUUUAGCAAAGAGACUAAACACAACUCACCUACUCUCUUCCAGCAGACGCUUAUUUCAGGCUAGUCCAUUGCGGACUACAGCGGGGUGCUGCAGCUCAAGGAAGAACAUUCAUGAUCAUUUCUUUAUCAUUUCCGUGAAGUAAUAAUCACCAUAUUAAUCAUUUUGCACUGCAGACCUGGUAGUUCUUCUGUCUUAGCGUCUCGGUCUGAUUGUAUUUCCAUCAAGAAAUUAUAAAUGAUCUUCCUUGAGCUGCGUCACCCCGCUGCAGGCUCCUCAGACCUCUCUGUAUUUCUAUCCUGCGGUCGUUACUAAAGUUGGUAUAACUGGAGAAGUAAGUGGUCGACAACAUUCAUCUCUGGAGGGGGGGUCUAACUCGGUGUCACGGUGUGUUUGACCCUAACUUAAUUUAACACCAGAAUAUCCCUGUACUAUUUUAACUCUUGUCUGAUAUUUUGCUGCCUCCAAUGUCGAUGAUGAUGUUUCUCAGUUUCUAUUGUUUUGUGAAAUCAGUUUAAAGAGUUAAAAAAUCA